CCAGGUGAUGACGGCGGCGGCAUGGAGUUCCCGGAGCACGGCGGGAGGCUGCUGGGCCGCCUGAGGCAGCAGCGCGAGCUGGGCUUCCUGUGCGACUGCACCGUGCUGGUGGGCGACGCGCGCUUCCCGGCCCACCGCGCCGUGCUGGCCGCGUGCAGCGUCUACUUCCAUCUCUUCUACAGGGACCGGCCUGCGGGCAGCCGCGACACGGUGCGGCUCAACGGCGACAUCGUCACGGCGCCCGCCUUCGGGCGUCUUCUGGACUUCAUGUACCAGGGCCGCCUGGACCUGCGCAGCCUGCCCGUGGAGGACGUCCUGGCCGCCGCCAGCUACCUGCACAUGUAUGACAUCGUCAAGGUCUGCAAGGGCAGGCUCAGGGACAAGGACCGAGAGCUGGACCCAGAGACCCCCACCCCAGGAGCAGAGCCGCCCGGCCAGCCACCGUGCCCCCUGCCUGCCUGGACCCCUGACGUCUGCCCAGCUGCCCACCAGAAGGCCAGGCUCCCCCGGGUUGGGGUCAAGACUGCCCUCCCUCUGCAAGCAUUCGGGCCUCCUUCCUGGCAGGCCCCAGGAGAGUCAGACCGGGCCCUGGACCUGUCACUGAAGCCUGGCCCGAGGCAGGAGCAUGGCCACCCACCCUGCAUCCUCCCGACACCCCUCUGUGGCCAGACGUACCAGAGGGCCCAGCCUUUGGUGAAGGACGAGCAGGAUUCACCAUCUGAACAGGACAAUAGCAGAGCCUCUAGGAGCCCCCAUAGUCCCCCAAAGCCACCCAGUGUUCCUGCGGUCAAGGGUCUGGCAGUGGGCUUGGAGCCAUUGUCCAUCAGCAGGGCAGGCAGCCAGGAGCCAGAGCUGGACGCAGAGCGGGUGGUGGUCCGGGACGCACUGAGGCCCGGCGGGCACCUCUGCAUCUGCCCACUGUGCAGCAAGCUGUUCCCCAGUGUCCACGGGCUGCAGCUGCACCUCAGUGCCCACUUCCGCGAGCGGGACUGCUCCCAGGCCCGGCUCUCCCCCGACGGUGCCGUGCCCACGUGCCCACUCUGCAGGAAGACCUUCUCGUGCACAUACACACUGAAGAGGCAUGAGCGGACACACUCAGGGGAGAAGCCCUACACAUGUGUGCAGUGUGGCAAGGGCUUCCAGUACUCCCACAACCUGAGUCGGCAUGCCGUGGUGCACACUCGAGAGAAGCCUCAUGCCUGCCGCUGGUGCGAGCGCCGUUUCACGCAGUCGGGGGACCUGUACCGCCACGUCCGCAAGUUCCACUGUGGCCUGGUCAAGUCCCUGCUGGUGUGAUGUGUCCCUGUAGUGGGGUGCAAGGGAAGGGGCAGGGCUCACCCAGGUGUGACACUGGGACGGAGUGUGUAGCUGGGCCAG